ACUGCUUCCCGUAGUCCUUUGUCGCGAGCUGCUGUGCUGUGUCCUGUGUGCCCGCACCAUCGCCUGAGGCCUGAGGGUGCGUGCUGCAGGUAUUUAUUGGACGCUUCCCGGAUCAAAGCAAUGUCGAGUGGCGACAGUCGGCGGUGGGCGCGCAUGCAGUGGGUGGCGACGCGACCGAGUGCGGUGGUGGUACGGCGAGCGAGCGAGCGACACGAGCUGAGUGAGUGCCCUGCAAGCCCAAGCUCGUGACAGAGAUAGGACUUCAGCUCGACUCGCGCGGUCGCCUUGCCUGCUGCACACGAGCCGUCGCCAACUCGAUCCUCACCGCCAUGGCGCAAGCUGCUUCCGGCUCCAGCAAGAUCGACACCAAAGCUCCCACCUCAGCCGACGAGGCCGCUCAACCCAAGAGCUACGGCGACCUGGUAUCCACUCUCCCGGCUAGAGGCGGGUGGGUAUCGCUCGUGCAGUACCAGAACUACUGGCUGAACCCCGGCAGGCUCCAGAACAUCAUCCCCGUGAAAGAGCUCUACAAGCCUCGCGCCGACGACAUCGUCCUCGCCACCUACCUGAAAUGCGGGACCACGUGGCUGAAGGCGCUGGCCUUCGCCAUCACGACCCGCGGCCGCCACCACCAGGCCUUCGCCGCCGCCGACCACCCCCUGCUCACCGUGCACCCGCAGGAGGCCGUGCCGCACCUGGAGGUGCACACGCCAGGGCAGGGCCUGGCAGACAUCGAGAGGCUGCCGUCGCCGAGGCUGCUCGGGACGCACCUGCCCCUCUCCCUGCUCCCGCCGGCCGUGGCCACCUCCGGCUGCCGCGUCGUGUACCUGUGCCGGCAGCCCAAGGACGUGUUCGUCUCGCUCUGGCACUUCGUGAAGGGCAUGCGCGGGGGCAGGUCCCCCGUGGAGCUGGACGCCGCGCUGGCCAUGUUCUGCGAGGGGGUCUCGCCUUUCGGGCCCGUCUGGGAGCACUACCUCGAGUACUGGAAGGAGAGCCUGGCGAGGCCUGAGCGGGUCCUUUUCCUCAGGUACGAGGAGAUGGUGGCGGACCCGGUGCGUGCCGUGAGGACGCUCGCCGGCUUCUUCGCCGUCCCGUUCACCGACGAGGAAGAGGGGCGAGGGGUCCCGGAGGAGAUUGUGAGGCUGUGCAGCUUCGAGAUGCUGAGCGGCUUGGAAAGCAAUCGGACCGGAGAUCUUGAUUGCGGAGACAACACGGUGAUCGGAAAAUCUACCUUCUUCAGGAAGGGCAAGGUUGGGGACUGGGAGAACCACUUGACAAAAGAGAUGGGCAAGAAGGUCGACGCCGUUUUCGAAGACAAGCUCCAGGGAUCUGGUCUCGUGUUUUGAAUUUUGAUUACUAUCCAUGCAUGGCUUUUGUUUGUGUGAUGCUGUUUGUCCAGAAUAACUAAUCGUUUGCGCAUGUUGCAGUAUUUACGUAACGGGAUCUUUCUAUGCUCAAAAGACAAAGAUCAAGGGAUCUAGCCAGCCCUAUAUUUUGAUUAGCCGUGUCUUUCGAUUGUGUGAUGAUGUUUGUCAAGAAUAAUCUUUGUGUAGUAUUUAUGUAAUGGGAUCUUUCUACUCGAAAAAAUUACUCUAUAACUACGCUUUUAUAUAUGUUACUUUUACCAUAA